CGCGAGAACAAUUGCUUUUGGAUCGCCUUGGACAAGAUGCACGCACGUGCACGUCAUGUCAUGCGGCGCGGCUUCCAUGGCUACAGCAACUCCACCUUCAUGGGUGUGGUGCCCAUGGUGCUGGAACAGAGCGCGCGGGGAGAGCGGGUGUAUGACAUCUACUCAAGGCUGCUGAAAGAGCGCAUCGUGUUCCUCAAUGGCCCCGUGAACGAUCACAUGGCAUCACUAACUACUGCGCAGUUGCUCUUCCUCGAGAGCGAGCACCCUGACAAGGAUAUCUACUUGUACAUCAACAGUCCAGGCGGCGCUGUUACUGCUGGUCUCGCCAUCUACGACACGAUGCAGUACAUUCAACCGCGUGUGCAGACUCUGUGCAUCGGUCAAGCAGCGUCCAUGGGGGCCCUGCUUCUCGCCGGUGGAGCGCCCGGAUGUCGGUCCGCGCUUCCGAAUUCGAGGAUUAUGGUGCAUCAGCCGUCCGGCGGGGCCCAGGGUAUGGCGAGCGAUAUCGCGAUUCAAGCGGAAGAGAUCUUGCAGCUCCGUCAUCGAUUGAAUCGGUUGUUUGCCAAGCACACGGGAAAGGACUUGGCGGUGAUUGAGAACGCCAUGGAUCGCGACAAGGUACGUCCUUCGGAUAUCAUGAGCUGAUGGAGCUGAUGGGGAUGCAUCUAGUUCAUGGACGCGGAAGGGGCGAUUGCGUUUGGAGUGAUCGACUCCAUCUUGAUGCGGCGACCCAAGCAGGAACUGGACGAGAAGGUCACGUAGGUCGAUCCGUCGGCUUCCACGGAUAACGUAAUUAAUGAUCAAUUUAUAAUAACAUUUCCA